GCCGUACGCAGACAUAUUCGGAGGCGUGAGUGCGCUGAGUCGGAAGCACUUUGAGCAAGUGAAUGGCUUCAGCAACGUGUACUGGGGGUGGGGCGGGGAGGACGAUGACAUGUCGACGCGUCUGCGCACUAAUGGCCUCCACAUCACGCGCUAUCCGCCCCACAUUGCGCGCUACAUCAUGCUCAAGCAUCGCAAGCAGAAGGCCAAUCCUAAGCGGUACGAGAUGCUGUACAUGGCCAAGAACCGUUACAAGUCGGACGGUCUCAACAGUCUCCAGUAUCGUCGAGUAGCACUACGCGAGAACCGCUCUCUCACCUGGAUGUUGGUAGAACUGGGCGCACCAGUUGAUGGUCUGCCUGGCUGCCCGGCUCUGGGUGGCCCCCAAGGCACCCCUUCAGCCCCACCAGGCCCCCCA